AAAUCAACACAAAAGAAACGUCACCGAGUAAAAAGCGCAACAAAAGGGAAAACGACGAAUCAUCGACGCGCAUCUUUUGCUCACGGUUUUGCGAUUACGUACAGUCGUGGAAGUUUUCGUGAAUUUUGUCCAUAUUUCGUGCUCGAAUACGUCGGAAAGUAGUGUCAACCGGUGGUGUGGGAUACGGAUCGGUGAACGGAAGUGAAUUUUGCCGUGAAAUCGUGCGCGAUGGCGCCGAAAAAAUGAAGUGAAAAUUUUGCCUAUCUGGCUUCUUCCAUCAUCGUCUGUUGGAAGUGGGUGCGGAAGUUAGGAGGGUGGUCCUGGUAAAAAAGGGAAUAUAGUAGAAGUUCGUUCUGUGCGUGCGAUUUUGUGCGGUGGGUGGGUUGGUUGUGGGAGGGCGCAAGUACCGCUAGAUUUUUCAGCGGUUUUCAUCAAGAUGUCGGAGCGUUACACGCACCAGUUGCUGAAGGUGGUGGUGGCUCAGAUAUGUCAGACGAUCGGAUGGCACUCGAUCCAGUCGACACCGAUGGAGUUGAUGAUCGACAUUUUGGAUCAAUAUUUGCGGGAUGUGACUCGGACGACGCAUCGCUACACGGAGCUGUACAAUCGAACGGAUCCGAAUUUGGAUGACGUAGCGCUGGCAUACCGAGAAAUGGGGAUGAGCUUGACCGAACUGCAGGAGUAUCUGCAGUAUGUGGAUCCGAUCGAGCGGCCAUUCGAGGUGCCGAAGUAUCCGCUGCCGAAGGAGAGUCAUUUGAAUUUCAUGAAACCGGGUAGUAAGGAAACGCUGACGAGGCCAGUGCACAUUCCGGAGCACAUGCCUCCGAUGCUAGUGGAUUCGGAGGAGGAGCAGGAGGAAGAGGAAAGGCGACGUCAGAUGCAGCUGCAUUUGAUGGCAGAGGCGGAUGAGGAGGUGGUAGAAGAGGUGAAGCCGGACAUCGGCGAAGUUGUGGAGAAGAUGGAAGAGGUGGGCGCCGAAGAAGUGGCAAUCAUGGAUGCUAGUCAAAGUGAGGAAGUUGUGACGUUUAAGAGACCGUUGGAUGGUCCGGUAGCAGAUGCUGGACUAGAUGUGAAAAAGUCAAAGUCUCUUUCGGAUGAAAGGCGACCGACCAGGGAGAUUAGUAGCGUGAUUAUGACCACGUCGGGUUUUAUAUCACCGGCCCGGGAGGGCAGGCUACCGGAUUCGAAACCACCGGUAAUUCCGGAAGAAAAGCCGAAGCCCCCUCCACCGCCACCACCGGCGCCGGUGUCUACUGUUCUACCGGUGGCAAAAAUUGACGAGAAGUUUGGGAAAAAAGCGAAGAAAAAACCAGUUGAAAAGGAGAAGAAGGAAAAGAAAGAGAAGAAAGUGGACAAAAAGAAGGAAAGCAUUGAUAAGGAGAAGGAUUCUAAGAGUAGACCAGCAACUCCGACAAUUCAUCCGAUGGCAGAGCAGAUUGACAUUCCAUCUUUGUCUACACCGACCUCGACCAUUGCAGAAGAUAUCAAACCACUUUUUGUUCCGGAUGAGUUGAUGUCAACUCCAAAACCUCCCACACCAGUUCCGGAUAUCAAACCAUCACUACCGGUACCGCCGGAGCUGCAAAAGUCUCCUAUUCCGCCACCAGUUGUCCCGGUCACUCCUAUGACCAAGCCGAAAAAGGAGAAAGCGCCAAGAAAGAAGAAGCAACAGGAACCAAAAUUGAAAACGCCUCUUCCUCGAAUGAUACCAAACCAAGGAUUGGAUGUCGGUGCUUUAUUCCCUUUGAGUCAAACAAUUCCUCCCCAUCCUAUUCAUUCACCUUUAGUAAAUCAGAUUACACCACCCAAACCUCCAAAGCCCAAACGUACAAAGUUAACCAAAAAGCAAAUCGAACGCCAGUACAUGGAACAGCUUCAGCAAUUCCAAGGAGGUCCCCUGAAUGCUCAGAACAUUCUAGAAAUGCUUACUCCCCCGGGCAAGAAGCCUCUCCCUGGGUUGUUUCAAUCGCCCUUUUCCUCCCCUCAAAAGCAAACACCACUGCACCAGCAACCCAAAUUCCCGGACAACGUCGCCCAAUCACAGUUAGAUCUUCUGCAGAAACUUCAUCCGAUUGAAAUUACUCCAGCCCCUGGCCCACCUUUGUCAGGUCCUCUAAUGCAUGCCUCGCCAGAGAAACACAAACUGAAUAUUUAAAAGGUUGCCAAGAAGGAACCUCCUCCGACACCAACCACCCAGGGUCCAAUCAUCGUCAUCGAUGACGACAAAAGUCCUCCCCAUCAACCGCAGUUCCCAAUGACGCCGAUGGGCAAAAAACGAGCGCCCAAAAUGCCCAGUUCGGGAUUUUCCUUUCAAGACGCCCUUUCAUCGCCGGAUAUGGGUUUUGGCAUGAACAUGAGUGACCACUCCGGCGGUAUGGGCCCGUCCGGUUCGUUCCGGGAGUUCUCUCCACCCAAAACACCAUCCAACCUACCGAAAACGCCGGAUAUCAAAAUGCCAUCUAGCUCAAGUUCAUCCGCCUCCUGGAUGAGUGAUUCCGGAAAACUUUCCGCCGGACCUAGUCCUAUGUUUGGCGAUUUCCCCAAUUUUGGCCUUCCCCCUAUAAAGGAAGAAAAGAAAAAGAAACCAAGGCAGCCAAAGCAACCGAAGGAAACAGCCGCUGCAAAGAAAGCCAAAAACGCAGGUUUGCUUGAAGAAUUAAAACUCCUUCAACAAAUCCAUCAGCAGUACCCUCCAGCUCCGCCCGGUCCUCCCACGAUUGACAAGAAACCUCUUCAGGAUGCCAUUUCCAAUUACAGCAAGAUGCUCAACAACGCUAUGCAACCAGGAUUCCUCGCUUCUCAAAUGCGCAAUCCUGGAAUGUUCGGAAUGUUCCCACUACCGUCUGGUCCGGGACUCAUUCCGGAUAACCCUCUUUUCAACCCAUUCAACCCGGGACAAUCUUUCCUUCCGCCGGCACCAUUCGGGAUGCCAUUGCCACCUCGUUUCGACAUAAACAAAUUGCUUCAAAACCCACGCCCAACCAAGGCGUCUCCUAUGGAAAACUUUGAUAACUUGGAUCCAGAAACUAAACUGGCUCACACGCCGCUCGAUCUGCAGAAAAGCACUUGCAACGUGGCCCCCUUGGUACCACCCUCUCUACAAAUCGAUCCCGCUACUCCACCAACCGGUAAUUUCCGUAAAAAGCCCACAAUGUCCCCGGUCAUCAAAGAGCAUCUUCCCCAAGAGCAAUCGCUGAACCUCUCCAUCAAACCCAACGUCAUGCAUCAAAAUCACACCAUCCCUUCGUCGGUAGUCUCUCAGCCUCCGAUAGCUCACCAACAGCCCAAAUUUUCCCAAGCUCCCACUUAUCCAAAGGACCUGCCCAUCCCGGCCACAAUCACCACAACCGCUACCACGAUCGCUCCACCCCAUCAUCCUCCUGCGCCGUCCCCAGCGCCAGUCGUCCCGCAAAAUAUUCCCACGCUGGCAGCGGCAUCGCCUACGGUGCCUCCAAUCACCCCGGGCGAGACCAUCGUCAUCGAAACCGACUCGGACACCAACAGCCAAUCGACGGUCACGAUGGCCGCAAUGGGUAUAUCGCCACCGCAAUCGUCCGGCGCAGCAUCCAGCCGGGCACCGGUGCCCGGCGAUGGCUCCGCGCCCAUCUUGGCCUCCAAAGAUAAAUCCGAAAAGCGAAAGAACAAAGAACACAAGAAGGAUCGGAAAGUUAAGGAAGGAAAGGAGGGCAAAAUUAAGAAGAAGAAGGACAAAAAGGAUAAGAACAAAAGCAAGGAUCGCGACCGGGAGCGACCCAAGUCAUCCCACUCAAUGAACCAAGACCUUUCGGAUGGUCCCAUGGAAACGUCGUUUUCUGCAAUUGGCGGUGCCCUUCCUAUGGACGAUCCCAUGCAGUUGGAACAGAUACGUCGGAAGGAGAAAAAAGAAAAGAAGAAAGAGAAACUCAAAAAGGAGAAACGAAAAGAGAAGGAACGAGCCGCUGCAGCCGCCUUGGAAUCCUCUUUCCCGGACCAACGCACCACGUUCCCCCUCUCCGGCUCCACCGUAGGGGACCUCACCACGCCAGGUGGCCCAUCGACAUCGUACAUGGGCUCCUCGGAACACCGCAACAGCCCCGACGUCACAUCCGCCGCCUCCGUACCGAAGUUGAUGCUCAAACUUGGUUCCACCAACACUCCAUCGCCGCGAUCCAACACCCCAGACAACCACCCACCACCUCCCGCGGAACCCAUUACCAAAUCAGCUGAGAUCAAACGAGAAGCAUCGCCCGAGCUGGCCCGGAUAUCCGCCCUAGUUACAAGGCCCCCCAAACUUAAAACCCCUGGCAGCAAAGGCAAAAGCAAAGAAUCCGACGAACCAAGCAAAGCUCCCAAGCUCUCCGCCGAUCAUUCGAGCAAAGCCGCCGGAAAAUUGGAUUUCUCCGCCACGGAUCAACCGGCGAAGCCGAGACCACGCGGCAUCCAAGCUCUCCCGGAUUCAAUCGAUCUGUUUUCGGUCACCCCAACCCCGCCAACGCUACCGAAACCGGCUCCCGCGGUUGGUUCCGCUCCCUCCUCCUCCUCGUCGUCAUCGGAUCACCCCAAGAAACCAUCUAAGGAACCGAAAUCGUCCAAAUCGGCGUCGGCGUCCGCCAGCUUGGGAGUGACCAUCCCCGCCCCGCUGAACACCCCCAUCAAUGUGCAGGACGCCGACGGCAAUGUGGUGUGGAUAUGUCCGGCGUGUGGCCGCGUCGACGACGGAACCCCCAUGAUCGGUUGCGACGGGUGCGACGCGUGGUACCAUUGGGUGUGCGUCGGAAUUCAGGUUCCACCGGAUUCCAACGAGGACUGGUACUGCCGGGUGUGCAUAGGCAAGAAGCAGGAAUCGCACGGUGAUGAAAAGCAGAAAAAGCGAAAGAAGAAGGACAAAAAGAAUCCCAAGGAUUAAAGGAGGAGGAAUGUGUUCAGAAUUGUUGUUAAACUGGGUGUUGUGAAAAGCACGCGCCCUGAGGGUUGUGCGAUUGUGCAGUGUUGUCAUUCAGUUUCUUAACUUUGAUAAACCAUUGUAGGUACGACAUUUUUUAGCACGUAUAAUUAAAUGGUAAUCUAAUAUUAAAUACUGUAAAAGAAUUCGUUUGUAACAUUAUGAAUCUUUAAAUAGAUGAUCAAUUCUGUAAUUAAA